AUGGACACUUUUGAGAAAACAUUGGCCUACUUUGAUCCACGACUCUGCACUUUCGACUACAUCCAUUCCAGAUCGCAGUCCCUCCUCUCGGUCAUAUGCUUCAUAGUGGCGCGUGUAGAGCCAGAAUUUGACUCGAUCGCUCGUCAGCUCGACCACCAUGUCCAUCAGACCGUGUAUCCAGCCAUUCUCGCACACGGAUUCCGCUCUGUCGAGAUCGUUCAGGCCCUUCUGCUAUUGGCUGCAUUCGCAUCGCCAUCCGAGAAUGUUCGGGAGGAUAGAUCGUGGUCGCUUCUCUCGCACGCUGCUAGGGUAGCAAGCGAGAUCAAUCUACAGGCGUGCCUGUCCAGUCGUCGUGACGAGCACGCCACCCGAGCCACGCGACUCGAGCAACGUCACGCCCAAAGGGCCUGGCUCAACCUGUGGCUGCACGAAUUCUCUCUAGCACAGCAUACCGGCCGCCACAGCAUCUUGGCCGAGCAAGAUCUCUUUUCGUCUUGUCGAGACUGGCACCUGGAUCCGCUGGCUCGCGACUCGGACGUCGCCUUGGUGUCCAUGGUCGAACUCCGCACGAUCAUCAAGAGGAAUCGUCAUCUCUUCAGCCUGCUGCCGCCGGGUAACGAUCUUUUCUACGCUGAACAGUGCAAGUCACAGCUGCGGACUUGGUCACAGACAUGGCAAAAUGCUCUGCCUUUGUCUGCGUCCAUUUCUCGGCUGGAACUGUCGCGGCUCUACGUCAGUCACGCCCUGGUGCAACUCUUGGGUCUCGUCCUGCAUCAUCAAGCCAAGUCGCAGUGGCCACCUAGCAUUGUCAUGGACCUGUACGAAGCAAGUAGCACCUACCUCGACGUGUUCCCGCAGCGCUUGGCAGCCGAUCGUCUCGUGUACUGCUACAAUUCCAUGUGGGUGGCAGCGUCCUACCAGGUCAUCGUCGCUGUUCGACUCGCCCAACUGUCGAGCACUUUUACCUUUAUCGACGGCACCCGCCUCCUGCAACAAUGCUAUCGUGUCUACGACUGCUUUUCGAGGGCUGCAAACCAGUCGAUUGAAAGCACAGCGCCGCACUGCUACCUGCGCUUCUUGGGCGGCGUUUUGCGUUCUUUGUCCCACGAUGCGCCGCCCGGUGCGACUGAGGAGGCAGACACAGUGUCGUCUUCGCUGGAACACUCUCCCAACCCCGACCCUAUCGCUGAGACACUUGUUCAGCUAUCUCAGGGCCAGCAGCCAUGCGCGAUGGAAGCGCCUCCUUCCGAUAUGCUAGCCGCGUCCGAGUUGGAUCCGCUGCUGGGCUUUGACGAUCUUGAGUUUUUCGCCUGGGCCGGCGCUUCUCUGGCUCAGAAUGACAACUUCGACACAUAG